AUGCCGCCCACCACAUGCGUGCGCUGCCAGGCGAACAAGGCAGUUGUUAAGCGGCCAAAGAACCAUCAUAAGUUAUGUCGAGAAUGCUUCAUCACUGUCUUUGAGGAUGAGAUACAUCAUACCAUCAUCUCGUCCAAGUUGUUCUACCCCGGAGAAAAGGUUGCUAUUGGAGCGUCAGGAGGCAAGGAUUCAACAGUGCUGGCAUCUGUUCUGAAGACCCUCAACGAACGCCACAAGUAUGAGCUUGAUCUAGUUCUUCUCAGCAUAGACGAGGGUAUCAAGGGCUACAGAGAUGAUUCUUUGGAAACAGUGAAGCGAAACGCAGUUCAGUACGACAUGCCCUUGAAGAUUGUGGGUUACGAUGAGCUAUAUGGCUGGACAAUGGACCAAGUCGUGGAGACUAUUGGAAAGAAAGGAAACUGCACAUACUGCGGCGUUUUUCGUCGGCAGGCGUUGGAUCGGGGUGCAAAGACGCUGGGGAUCAAGCACGUUGUUACCGGACACAAUGCAGAUGAUGUCGCAGAGACUGUCCUCAUGAAUCUCCUUAGAGGAGAUUUGCCUCGGCUAUCCCGUAGCACCAGCAUUGUUACUGGCGGCUCAUUGAACGACGUCAAGAGAAGCAAGCCUCUCAAAUACGCCUACGAGAAGGAGAUUGUGCUGUAUGCACAUCACAAGAAGCUGGACUAUUUCAGUACGGAAUGCAUAUACAGUCCCGAGGCAUUUCGAGGGACAGCGAGAAGUCUCAUCAAGAAUUUGGAAAAGGUCCGGCCAAGCGCAAUAUUGGAUAUUGUCCGGAGCGGCGAGGAUAUGGCCCGUCUAACGCCGGACAAAGGGCAAGGGGCAUGCGCCUGUGACGAAGGCGAGGGGAUGGGAGGUUGUGGAUCAGCCAAUGCUCAAACACCAGGGAACGAGAUCACACAAGUGGCAAGCACCACGGAACAACCUGUGGAUAAUGGGCUCGAAACUGAGAUCACAUCAAAUGGCACACCCAAAGCCAAUGACGACGAUGUCGUAAAGCUCCCUAUACGGCAGCGCCGCUCCAAGGAGCCCGGUCCUGUUCAACUACAGACGCUCGGGAAAUGCGUCAAGUGUGGCUACAUGUCUAGCCAAGCAAUGUGCCAGGCGUGUACGUUAUUGGAAAACCUCAACAAGAACCGACCAGAGAUCUCAAUAUAG